AUGUCAAAGACUAUUGUGAUAAUUGGCGUUACUGGUAUUCAAGGCUCAUCGGUUGCCAACACCUUCCUACCGUUGCCAGAAUGGCAAGUUCGCGGCAUCACACGCAACACUGAUAGUUUGGCUGCUCAGAACCUGGCCGACAAAGGAGUCGAAAUGAUCAAAGCUGACAUCGACGAUCCGCAAUCACUGGUUCCGGCCUUUGAAGGCGCGGCCGUGAUUUUUUCCAAUACGGACUUUUUCACCCAUUUGCAAGACGCGUUGGCAUCGCCAGAUCUAGGGCGCACUCCGGAUGAAAUCAGCGAAUAUGCAUACAAUCGCGAGGUCACCCAGGGCAUCAAAAUUGCGCAGGUGGCUGCUUCGCCCCUCGUUUUGAGGACCUUGGAACGCUUUGUCUACUCGUCCCUGUGUGAUGUGCGCAAGUGGAGCCGGGGUAAGUACACAACUGUCCAUCAUUAUAAUUCCAAAACGGAUACGAUCCGGACUAUUGAAGCCCAAUUCCCGGAGCUGGCCGCGCGAAUGAGCACCGUUCAGCUCGGGCACUAUGCCACUAUGUGGAAAGCGUUUCCAUCGAUGGCCCCGCAGAAACAACCCGAUGGGAGCUUCUUGGUGAUCAGGCAGGUCAGUGCGGGAUUGAAAUUCCCAUUUGUGGUGGCACAUCGCGAUACAGGGUCAUUUGUCAAGGCAUUAGUCGAUCUCCCGCCGAAGAAGGAUCUUUUAGGCGUAUCGCAGACUCUGACCUGGCCGGAAUGGAUGGCGAUCUGGGGAGAUGUUCUGGGGGUCCAAGCCGGGUUUCAGCAGGUGUCCAAGGAUGAUUUCUUUCGAGAUGUGCCACAGGCGCUCAGAAAGGAUCUUGAGGACACAUACGACUUCAUCGAGGAAUUCGGAUUUACUGGCGGCGAUCCGGCCGUGCUGACCCCAGAAGAGCUGGACUUUCAAAUUCCGUUGACAUCGAUGGAAGACUAUAUUCGCAGCGAGGACUGGUCGUCCGUUCUCAAUGCCUAA